UCUCUCUCUCUAGCCAGCCAAUCCUGCCCAUCUCCAAUUUCCUUUUCUCUUUUUAAGCUUUUCACUUCUCCUUUAUGCCCCCUCUCUCUCUCUCUUCCACAAUUUUCCCAGUUCUGUAGUCCCCCCAGAUGACCCUAUUCUCCAACACCCACUUGCUAAAACCUAUAAAACUCUAACCCUUUGUCCUUAAAACCACACCACACCUCCUCAAAAACCAAUCUUUCUCAACACCCACUUGCUCAAUCCUGUUCAACUCUAAUUCCUUGUCCUCAAAGCCGCACAACACCUACUCAAAAACCAAUUUUUCUCAACGCCCAUUUGCUAGAACCUAUACAACUCUAGUUCUUUGUCCUCAAAAGCCACGCUAUACCCAACAAAAACCAAUCUUUCUUAUCCAUAUACAUCCAAAAGACCAUUCCCAAAACCUAAAACAAAAUAAGUAGAAAAUGAAGGAAUAUUGGACCUCCUUGGCUUCCCUUCUUGGCGUUUUGGCGUUUUGCCAAAGCCUCCUCCAAGUAGUGUUCCCACCUGAACUCCGUUUCGCCACUGUCAAGCUCUUCUACCGAAUGUUCCACUGGGUCUCCUCCCACUGCUACUUUGACAUAACAGAGAUCGACGGUGUCAACACAAACGAGCUCUACAACGCUGUCCAACUCUACUUAAGCUCAUCAGUCUCCAUCACUGGCAGUAGACUCAGCCUCACACGCGCACUCAACUCAAGCGCCAUCACCUUUGGACUCUCCAACAAUGACAGCAUAGUCGACACUUUCAAUGGCGUCUCAGUUCUCUGGGAACACGUUGUCACUCAAAGACAAUCCCAAACCUUCUCAUGGCGACCACUACCCGAAGAGAAACGUGGGUUCACUCUUCGAAUCAGGAAGCGAGACAAGUCUCUCAUUCUCGAUUCUUACAUGGACUACAUCAUGGAAAAAGCCAACGACAUUCGAAGAAAAAACCAGGAUCGUCUUUUGUAUACUAACUCGAGAGGUGGUUCGUUGGACUCGAGAGGCUAUCCUUGGGAGUCUGUACCGUUUAAGCAUCCAAGCACAUUCGAUACUUUAGCCAUGGAUCCUAUAAAAAAGCAGGAGAUCAUGGAUGAUCUUAAGGAUUUUGCGAAUGGCCAAGGUUUUUAUCAGAAAACAGGGCGAGCUUGGAAAAGAGGGUACCUUCUUUUUGGUCCACCUGGGACUGGAAAGUCUAGCAUGAUUGCUGCUAUGGCUAAUUAUCUUGGUUAUGACAUUUAUGAUUUGGAGCUGACUGAGGUGCAUACUAAUUCUGAGCUGCGGAAAUUGCUAAUGAAGACUAGUUCUAAGUCUAUUAUUGUGAUCGAAGAUAUUGACUGCUCACUGACUUUAUCGAAUAGAGCUAAGAGUAAUAAUGUUAGUACUAAUGGUAUUAGGAGUAGUUAUGGCGAUAUGGGUGAAAUGCGCGGUGGUGGUGGUGGCGAGGAUGGUGGGAAUACAAGCAUUACACUUUCAGGGUUGUUGAAUUUUACUGAUGGGUUAUGGUCAUGUUGUGGGAGUGAGAGAAUUUUUGUGUUUACUACUAAUCACAUUGAGAAGCUUGACCCGGCAUUGUUAAGGAGUGGAAGGAUGGAUAUGCAUAUUUUCAUGAAUUAUUGUUCUUUCCCGGCAUUGAAGAUACUUUUGAAGAAUUAUUUGGGGUUGGAUGAGAGUGAUUUGGAUGGUGUGGUUUUGAAGGAAUUGGAAGGUGUGGUUGAUAAGGCUGAGAUGACUCCUGCUGAUGUUAGUGAGGUUUUGAUUAAGAAUAGGAGGGAUAAAGGGAAAGCAGUGAGGGAAUUGUUGGAGGCUUUGAAAGUGAAAGCAAGGAUUAGUGAGAAGAAUAUUGUGAGGUUGAGAGAGAAGGGUUCAGAGUAUUUGGAAGAGGAGCAAGAAAAGAGGGCAUUGGAGAGUCCUAAAGAAGGGUGUGAGUUUGAGAAAGAAGAAGAGAGUGAUUGCAAGAAAGGAAAUGAUCAGAAACAAGAGAGUACUACUACUACAAUAGAGAAAUGAUUACUAUGAAGGAUUUGGUUUUUUUUUUUUUUUUUUUUUUUUUUUUUUUUUUUUUUUUUUUUUUUCUUUUUAAGUUUUAAUUAUGGCAUAUUGCUCGUUGGAAUUAUUAGAGCUUAAAUUUUUUUUUUGGGUGGGUUUGUGGGGGUGACACAACUAGAGGGAGAGAGAGGGAAAGAUCCAAAUUUAAAAACAUGUAAUAUGUCUGUAUUGUUAAUUUAAAUAAUUGAGAUGAGAAAAAACAAAAAUGAUAUGAUGAAUGAUCCAUAGAUAAGCUUAUCUUUGUGGCGUGGGCUGCUAUAC